AGGCCAACUGAUGCUUGCUGUGUUUGUGGAGGUGGCACAGUGGUGGCUACUCCUACUACACUUCCUUUGAAUGUGCUGGCCUUGACCACAAACCAAGCCGUGAAUGCAGUACCGACUGCAUAUAUGGGCUGGUACUACAGGAUCAAUCGAGAUUGCGAGUUGUCAACCCUUGGCCUGACUUUCAAUGGAAGCACUGGAGCAGUCACUGGCCGGACUCCAGUGUAUGACGAGGAUGUUCCCAUCCUGGCCGCGGAGUGUGAAGUUCAAGUCUUCCAAGACAUCGUUCGGGGAGUAGUGACUGGUGCUGAUAUGAUCGUUGAAGUUCAGGCUAUGUCCUACGGUCUCAAGAGACUUGUCUUCGCACUGCAGGAUGCAAGUACCCAGCCAUUGGGACAGAGCUCCUACGACUUGCAAUUUGACCAAUCCUUGGCCUUGGGAAGCUUCUCCCUGGCGUGCCUGCCAGCGGUAACAUGGCUGGAAUUGGCACCAAAUGGCACACUUUCCUACAAGGCCAUGGGCUUCAAAACGGGUGGCACAUCUCGAGAUGAAGUUGAGACUUUUGCAGAAGUGCGAGGUGACAGUGCUAGGUGCACUUUGACAGCCGUGAGACAAUCUGUAGCUCAAGCUCAAACCGGCCCUAACGGUGUGUCGAAUCGCUUCCUACCUCCAGAGGAACCCUCAGAGGUGACUCUGGACUUUGACGUUCAAAGAGUAUGGGUUUGGAGCGGCAUGCGAUACAAUACAGAGGAACAGGAAAUCCUUGUCAGGAAGAGCCGAGCAAUUGCAACACGGAAAUUGUCAAGGAUUCCUCCUAAUGGCUUCAAGGUCUACAAGGACUUGGGGACCAAUGUGGAAGACGACACAGAGCUAUGGUUCCAUGAAGACACUUCCAGCAUUGUGAAGAUACCACCUGGUGAACGUCCCGAAAUCGUGGAUGUGAGAUGUGAAGGCGCCAGUGGAUUCAAAUGGUCGCGCAGCACCGGCCAACUCACGCUGCAAGGACAAGAUGUUUUGAUCCUGGAUCCCACCACGGGGCAGAUUUAUGGGGUGCCACUUAUUGAGGUUCCUCAGCGCCUUGGAAAAUCCUUCUUGCAGAUCACGUGCUUUGUGGCAGGUACAGGUGAGAGCUAUGACACGGUGCUCACCACCAAAUUCAAUGUCCGCAUCGAAGAUGACACAUGCUUCUUCAAAAAGGAUUGGGGCCUUGCAUUCCAAGGCCAGAAUAAGGGAAACAUAACACAGGACCAAUGUCAAGUGGAAUGCCGGAAGAAAGACGAUUGUGGUGCCUAUGCUUUGGAGACUGCUGGAUGCUUCAUCCAGACCAGCAGCACCAGCUCCACUCCCACCGUUGAUAUUCAAAUCCUAUCCAGCCCUGGGCCAGCUUUCAUCUACAUCAGGGGCUUGUGCGAUGAGGAGACAUCUUGUGUGGACUUGGUGGAAUCAAAUGAAGUGCAGCUGCUUGAAGAAGAGUUUUGCCCGAGGGGCAUCAAGUCUUCCAGAGGGAUUUGCUCACAGCCCAUCGGAGACUCGGGAACUCUGAACUGCAGCUCAACUGUCACCACCGUCUCGCCGUUGUCCUUUGUGAUGUUUUCCCUUUCGCCAAUCUUUUCCCGCUUCUCGGGCAUGGUUCCGGCUGGCCAGGCUCCACAUUUCUUGCGGGUGCGCUGGGUGAGCUCUAGCAGCAGCUGGGAAUACGACUCCAUGUCAGGGUGGGCAAACUUUACGCCUCUUCCAAGUGAUGUCUUGGUUGCCAACAUUUCAAGCACCGCGGUGACCUUGAAUCAAGAUGUAAACUCCUAUUUUGAGGGCAUCUACUUGGGUUACGCUGCCGCAGAUGCAAGUUUCAACAUUACUUCAAGCAUCAGCACAUUUGAUGCCUGUGAUCUCAAGGUUACAGGCACACUGCUGACUGUCUGGAAUUGCGAAGAGGAAUUGAGCAGGGUGUACUCUCGACAAGGUCAAACCGUGGAGGAUGAACUGCUGCUGAGCAUGGAAGCUUGCCCCCUUCCAGGCCGGUAUGGUGUUUGGGUGGUGCGCAGGUACAACACCACGGAUUUUGUGAACACUGACACCGGCGAAGCUGAGCUGCGGGGCGAAGUGAUCGCUUGCUUCGAAAAGGACUUCAUCGGAAACGCUUUCAUCGAUGGACUCAACGAAACCACUGUGUGGUUGAAAGACAGCCUCACAAAUGCUCCAAGAUAUGCCUCUGACAAAGUAAGAAACGAUGCAAGCCUGCUGAAGAUUUCAGCUUCACUGACAGCAGAGGCCUGUUCUCUGCCUUUCGAUGAGACAGCUGCCAGUGACACGGCACGAGACCAAGACGAUGCAGAGGAACAACCAUCAGAGCCAGUUUACCUCCUGGGUACUCUGGAGGAUACCGGGCUAUAUAGUUUGAGUGCCUGUGAAUGCUUUGGACGAGAGCAUAGGGAAGUAUUGCCCGUUUCAGAAGCAGCACGCGGCCUCGUGCCUGAUGCUCCUCCUUCCACUUACAACAUCUUCGCGCCGCCUCCCAUUCUGCUCUUUGAAGGUCCAUAUGUCUGCGACGCAGACAGUCACAUUACGUCGGGUCAGUUUCAAGGUCUUGAUGAGGAUGGCUGCAGAGCAAAGUGCUUGUCAAAACCAGACUGCAAUUUCUAUCUCCACACCGCGCAGCUGCGAAUGUGUGAACUGCUGGAGAAAUGUACACGGAUUGGGUUGACGGGGGUUGACGCAACGCACAAGCUCUUUGGUGUGCUGCGGGCAGGUCAACUAGAGACCACGCCGGGCCAGUACUGUGUCAUUGCGGACCCUGAGGAGUGCUGGAUUCGCAGGCUGCGGCGAGAUGUCCUUGAAGGAAGGCUCGGUACCGACUCAUCAGAUCCAAACGCCUGUGCUUUCGCUUCCCUCAUCAGCCAAUGCGAUGUGAUGGAGAUGUCUCGCGCGGAGCGGAUUGGCAACUGUGCCAAGUGUACUUACUUUGGCGCACAGUCUCAGGCAUUCCUGGGAAGGCGUAAGAUUCCUAUUCCAAGAGUGUAUCCACCAGCGAGCCAAGUUUCCAUCGCUUGCAACCAAUGGUCCAGAUUGAUGAGUGU